AUGUACUCUUAUAAACAUCCAGGUACCCAUUUUCAUUGUGCAAGACAAUUCUACCAAAACGUAUUUCCCAAUUUUACUGUGAUAAACGUAGAAAAGCCACCAUGUUUUUUACGAAAAUUCAGCCCCGAUGGCAAACACUUCAUAGCAUUUUCUGCAGACCAAACUUCUCUUGAGGUGUACACUUACAAGGGACCAGCAGCUGCUGCAGAUCUACUCUAUUGUAUUGAAGACAGAAACAAUGAUAGAAAACGCUUCGAAGUCAAAAGUAAAAUAUUCGAACGUUUCUUUCAGUUGAAAUUUCGUGUAAAUGUAGCAAAGGGAGCGGAACAGUUAAAUAGAGAGUGCAGUCUGUUCAGUGAGGAUGGAAGGUAUGUAAUAAUCGGGUCAGCAUCUUUUAUACCAGAUGAAAUCAGACCACAUUUUUAUGAAAUUUACACCAACAAUGAAUCAGUUACACCAAACCUCCAGAGUCCACUAGAAGAUUACACGCUUCACUUGGUAGAUCUUUAUUUGGGAAAACUUUGUGACACAAGGCAGUUUAAAGUGGACAAAAUUUUUUUGUCUCACAAUCAAGGAUUAUACUUGUACAGAGAUACACUUGCAGUGUUGUCUGUGCAGCAUCAGAUAAUUCAUAUAUUUCAGAUUCUGGACGGAAUGUUUGUCGAUAUAAAGAAAAUUGGCCGAUUUUGUUUUGAGGAUGACUGCUAUUUUUACAAUUCUAUAUAUCCUUCAGAAAGAGCAUUCAGAGAAGUCUGCAUAAAUUCGCUAAAGCACAGGCUCUUAACUUUUUUGUAUAAGCGUGCUGAUAUGAUAAGCAAAACGACUAAUGAUCCCACGGAGUUGAGGAAAUUUUAUCACUACUUUGACAAUUUUAACUCGUUAAAGAUGUGGAAGAUGCAGUUGCUUGAUGAAAAUAAUCUGCUGAUAAAAUAUGCUAGUGAGGACGUUGUAACUCUAAAGUCAACCGAUGUCAAUAGUCAGCCUCAAUUUUUUGUGGUAUAUGAUAUGAAGACAAGUAAGAUCCUCGCAGUGUAUGAGAAUACCUCAAAACAACUUCUUGAUUUGUUUGAAAAUUUCUGUGACUUAUUCCGGAAUGCAAGUAUUUACAAUGGAACUCAAUUCACGUGUAGCCCUUCAAACAACAUAUAUGCUCGUUUGUUGCAGCAGAGAUUUAAACAGACUAUUGUUAAUGCAAAGUUCGGUGGAAAAACGGAAGCAACAAAAAGAUUAUUGGCACAGUUGCCUAUUAGUGCACAAUCGUACAGCAACUCUCCAUAUUUAGAUUUAUCUCUAUUUAGCUAUGAUGAUAAAUGGGUAUCUGUCAUGGAAAGACCGAAAGCUUGUGGAGAACACCCCAUUAGGUUUUAUGCGAGGGACUCAGGAUAUCUGAAAUUCAAAAUAUAUGCUGGCACAAUACGUUCCUCAACUUCCACCGUAAGACGUUUAGUAGCAUUUACGUUUCAUCCUACAGAUCCUUUUGCGAUAUCAGUGCAGAGAGCUAAUGCCGAAUAUAUUGUUAAUUUUCAUAUUCGUCACGAUAGUCCCUUCGCAGAUGAUGACAAUAGUGAUGAUUUUCACAUGCUUAAUUUUUUAUAA